AUGACGUGCCCGACUCAUAUCCUCGUGGUCUUGCGGGACAUCCAAGACUGCUGCUCGGCGUGGAGCGAGAUCCUCACUUCGUCACGUCUGAAACUACAUGCGUUGGGCGGAGAGUACGCCGCGAUGAACCCUCUGCCUCGCCUCAGCGAAGAGAGCGAGGAAUCCUUCGACUCAUCCCGACACUCGGGCUCACAUUCGAACUCAGGCUCGGCCACCAAUGGAACCAACGGAGCUUCUGUAAACUUCUCCCGUCCGCGACCGACUCGCAUUCAGAGCGGUCAAUCGCACUCCACCGCCAACCGAUCGAACGGUGACCGCUCUUCGCGCGGCAGUACACAUGCUAUCAGCGCUUUUCAUAACGACAAUGCCAACCGAGGGUAUCCGGAAGAGCCGCGGUUCUCGAUCGAUUCGGAUAGGACUGCGACUACGCAGGGCUCCUCGACGUCUUCGGGGAGCUCAGAAGUCGCUUGGGAUGACGAGAUAAAGCAGCUGAGGACAGUCCGGCGGGACAAAUACGCACAGCAGAGAUGCGAUCCAGUACAACUGCCGCGGCCGCAACAACCACUGAACGGCAGUGCGCGAGAAGAUCAGAAUUCAAUGUCCCCUCUCCGACCACAGCGAACCAACACAUCCACGACCUCAUCUUCCACAAGCAAUAGCAGAAGCGCCAACGGCAGCAUGAGAAGCAUACCAAGCGGCAUUCCACCUGGCAUCACCAAGCGCAUCUCCGUCGACCAACAAAGCGAGCGCGUUUCGAUGUCAACAGACGGACACGAAGAUACCGCAAGCCACCAUACCGUCUCGGACGACGGAGACUCCGGGUCCUUUGAUAUGGACGGCCGAUGGCAGAGCUCCAACUACGAUACCAGCGGGCUGUCAGACGCACAGAUUAAGAAGUUGUUGAAGAAAGGAAUAAACCCGAGCCUGUACGCUGAGAUGAAGGCGGCGAAGAAAGGGAAGAAGACUGUUAUUGGGCCUCUGCUUGGGAAUUCGUUUCUGGGGUGA